GGCGGAGGACGGCGGCAGCCUGGGUGGGGCAGGAAACAGGCGCCAGCUCCCGCCUGUGCGCACUAGAGUUCCUCCCUCUAACGUCUCUCCCUGCUCCUCUUCCUCCUCCCCCCACCGCGCUUCUGUGCCUCCGCCUGCAGACCCUGGCUGGACAGCGCGGCCGCCAGGACCGGUCUCUCUUCUCUACCGACACCGCGGAGAGGGGCUCUCCAGGGAACAAAGGUGGAUUCUUCUCCCCCACAUUAAUGACCGGUGACAGCAAGAGACUGGGUGACAUGAGAGAUUCAACUGUGCCCUGCCCGGGACAGCUUACUGAUAGAAGAAUUGAUCUCUAAAGAGACUGGGCAUUGGUUUCAGGAUGGCAAAAGAGGAUCCUCCGAGUACCUCAAAGGACUUGCAGGAGCUGCAGAAGAAGCUGUCUUUGCUGGUAGAGUCCAUCCAGAAUAACUCAAAGGUGGUUGCCUUUAUGAAGUCUCUGGUGGGUCAAUACCUGGACAGGCAUCCUUUUCUGGCCCUCAGUGUGCUGGUGUUUGUUGCCAUGUCAGCCGUUCCUGUUGGGUUCUUCCUCCUCAUCGUGGUGCUUACCUCCCUGGCUGCUUUUGUGGGGGUCAUUUUACUGGAAGGACUGGUCAUCUCAGUGGGCGGCCUCUCACUGCUGUGUGUCCUCUGUGGUUUGAGCUUUGUAUCACUCAUCAUGUCAGGGACAAUCAUAGUGUCCUACAUCGUGGUCUCCAGCCUUGUCAACUACUGGUUUCCUCCCAGACUUUUGACACAACAAAACUCCAGUGGCAACUGUCAGCUGGCUAUGAAGUCCGCAGACUUAGAGGGGCUCUACCAGGAAUAACCAGCCCAGCGGAGCCAGAGCUUUUUCCAAGCACCUCUCGAAGGCUGUGGAUCAUACUCAGCCCUUGGGAUUAUGACUCAGAAGGGGGGCGGGAGGUGGUUAAGCACUCCUCGGAAGCAUC